CUUGUUUUCUGUUCUUGUUUACUGUCUUCAUUGAUCUGUUUCGGUUUGGAUCUGUUGUCCCGUGAGUUUCUUCUUAUGAAUCUCAUUCGUAUUUCCAACCAACCCCUUUGAACUUGCGACAUUUUUAGAAAGGAAUAGCUAGUUUUCAUCAUUGUCUGUGAGAUUUCUCUGUUUGGUAGAAGAAGGAAGGAAAUAUGGAUCGAUUUUGAGAGAAUCUGGGGCUACUUCAAGCUCUAUAUCAUGGAAAUGGGAAAUGGGAGAGACCCUUUUUCGAUUCAGGUUUAUAUACUAAAAGGAUGCAAGUAAAUAUAUGAACCAAUUAGAGAAAACCCACAAACCAAUGUUCUUCUUACCUCCAAAAACAUACCCAGAAACCAGAAAGAAGAGUCUAUAGCUUGCCUAAACCAUUGCAUCUUAAUUUUAUGAACAAAAACAUUUUUUCUGUUACACGAACCCCAAUGAAUUUAUAUCAGAGCUGAUAAAAGAAUGGCAGCUGAGAGAGACAUAUAGAAAGGUGAAUUGAUUGAGAGGCAGUUGUGGAGUUAAAAGGGAAAGGCCAAGUCCCAAGUGUUUGGUUUUAGGUAAAUUAGGUUCGGGGUUCUUGUUGAUUAGGAAGAUGAUUAGUUAUAAACGUGUGUGUUUUGUGUUUGUUUUCUUGCUAUGGCUAAAAUGGUUUUAGAGCAUUACUAGAUAUGGUUUGUGGCUGUAGCAGACGGAGCUUUCUCAGGCCUUCUGUGUUUGCUUCUCUUUUCGCCAUCUCUUAUUUAUAUUGCUGUAAUUUGUCUCCAUUAAAUGCUUCUUUUCGAAGCACUCAAAAAGGCUAUUAUAUUUAUAAUGAUGCUGAGCUGAACCCAACUGUUUUUUUUCUUCUUCUUUUCUUUUCAACUUUUGAUAAUUUAAUUGCUUAAAUCUCUCUUUACUCUCUACUGGGUCUUUGGAAUUUGGCUUUAUUUGAAUGUUUCUUGUAAUUUUCCCAUCUGGGUUUGGCUUGAAUUGUUCAUUAGUUAGGUUUUUCCAUUGAAUCAUCUCCAUUAAAUCAGCUUCAUUUCUGAGAAACCUCACGAUCUAAUCAUAUUUUCAAGUGUGAACCCUUCAUUUGAGCUGUCAUGUACUUCCUGUACUCGAAACUUCAAUACUCUAACUUGAUAUAAGUAGGCGAGCACAGAGUGGCUGCAGAAGCAAAACAACAGCCACAGGCUUCUGUUUAUCGGACCGCGCCGCUCUUGUUUGUCGCUCGUGCGCUUACAAUUUCGAACACAGAUCUCGAGGCUCUUUUCCUCUUCGCUACAACAACUGACAUCUGUUUUGCUUUUACCCCAAUUCUUCUUUUUUUUCCCUUCCCCCGCCAUUUUCUCUUAUUUAUGUAGAGACUGGUCUUUCCUCCCUCCAUUGGACUUGAGCUCGAUACAAAGAACUUGGGUUGGUUUUUUGGGUUUUUUUUAUACUUUUCUAAAAGACGUGGCAAUUGACUCUUGAGAAGUUUCAUUUCAUUAGCCAUAUUCUUAGCCGGGUCGGUGACACUGUUGAAUUUUGCUGUUGCUUUGCGGUGAUCUCGAGAAUUGUUAAGUGUUUGGCCUUUGAUGUGGAAUACUGCUCCUCAAACAAGACAUGCUGAGCUCUGAUGGAGAUGCAGAUGUUUUCUUUGACUCAGAAGAUUACUUGCCAUUAGAGGAGUCUUUGGUAGCUGAAGAAGCUGAUUUCAGCAAGUUAGGAUAUGAAAUAUGGAUGAGUGAACCUCAGAGCAUUAAGAAGAGAAGGGAACGGUUUCUUCAAGAAGUUGGUUUUGUUGAUUUUGCAUCUUCUAGUACUUGUGCACAGGAUUCAGAGAUUGAAUCUAGUUGUUCAUCAGAGAGGAUGGAAUUGGAGAGACUUACAGAGUGUAGUGGAGCUGUCUCAAGCUCUGACUAUACACCGAGCUGUAAUGUUGAAGAAAAUGAUUUAGUAGUAUGUCACAAUGAGAUGCAAAGUGCUGAAUUUGACAACGAGGCAACCAGUCGACUGUCUUCUGUUUCUGACUCCAGCUUUCGACGGCCCCAAGGUGAAGCUAAUGUUGAAGCUUGCCAGGAUGCUGAUGUGGGUAAAAGGAAAAUAUUGACAUGGUGGAAAUCAUUUAAGAACAAAGCAGCAAGACGAAGGAGUGCAGAUUUUUCUCGGGAAUCGGAAUUGAAUUCACCAAAAUCCCAAAGUUGCAGAAUGAAGGUCUAUCAACACAAAAAGAGGUGUUCAGAAUUUAGUGCAUUGUAUAUGAGACAGCAGAUUUGUGCACACAAGGGCUUGAUUUGGACAAUGAAGUUUAGUCCAGAUGGUAAGUAUUUAGCCAGCGGAGGAGAAGAUGGAGUUGUACGCAUUUGGCGUGUAACGUAUGCAAAUGCUUCUAGCGAGUUUUUAGCAGAUGACGGAAAUUAUAAUACCAAACCAAAAGAAGGGAAGUCUAGUUUCAGCAGCAAACCGUUGAGAUUUGCCACCGUUGUCAUUCCUGAAAAGGUUUUUCAGAUCGAUGAGUUGCCAAUACAAGAACUCCAUGGACAUUCAAGUGAUAUCUUGGACAUAGCUUGGUCUACUUCAAACUGUCUUUUGUCAUCCUCAAAGGAUAAAACCGUACGCUUAUGGCAAGUCAGUUCUGACCAAUGUCUCAAUGUUUUCCACCAUAAAAAUUAUGUGACUUGUGUCCAAUUCAAUCCAAUGGAUGAAAAUUUUUUCGUCAGCGGCUCAAUUGAUGGCAAAAUCCGGAUAUGGGGUGUCAAGAAGCAGCGUGUAGUUGAUUGGGCUGAUAUCCGAGAUGUAAUUACCGCCGUAUCUUAUCGACCAGAUGGGAAGGGAUUUGCUGUUGGUUCUAUUACUGGCACUUGCCGUUUCUAUGAAACAUCAGGUGAUUAUCUUCAUCUGAGUGCACAGAUCAAUGUUCAAGGUAGAAAAAAAGCCUCGGGCAAAAGGAUCACUGGCAUUCAGUUUUUCCGGGAAAAUUCUCAAAGAGUGAUGAUAACUUCAGAAGACUCUAAAGUACGGAUAUUCGAAGGAACGGAAAUCAUCCACAAAUACAAAGGUCUACCGAAGUCGGGGAGUCAGAUGUCUGCUUCCUUUACGAAAAAUGGAAAACAUAUAGUAUCGGUCGGGGAGGACUCUCGUGUAUAUAUGUGGAACUACGAUAGCCUUUUCCUUCCGUCGUCAAAAGAAGCAAAAUCUCAGCAGUCUUGUGAGCAUUUCUUUUCUGAUGGUGUGUCUGUUGCUAUACCAUGGUCUGGGGUUGGAACUGAACCAAACUGCUUCAGUAACAACCAAGCUCUGUUUUCAAAUAGAAAGAAUUACCAAAGGGCUGCUUCUUGGACAAGAGAGACGGACCGGUUUUCACUCAGUAAUUGGUUCUCUGCUGAUGGUCUGUUCCGAGGAUCUGCAACAUGGCCAGAAGAGAGACUGCCUCUCUGGGAUUUACCAAUUACUGAAGAUGAAAAUGGAAGCCUACAACACCAUGAUUGUCAUCAAAAGAAACUAAAUAGUCAUCGUGAUGCCCACAACGAUGGAUCUCAACUUGAAACAUGGGGCCUUGUGAUGGUCGUUGCUGGAUUAGAUGGAACUAUAAAGACAUUCCACAACUAUGGAUUGCCUAUCAAGCUUUAGGAAUUCAAUUGAAGCUGUGCUUGAAAUAGCUCACUUUCCAUGAGCUUCCAAAAACAGAAGGCUGAGAAGGAGAAAACAUGACAUUUCAUGUGGUUGAUUCUUUUUUAUCCUGUUUCCUAACAGAGCUAUAGAGGAAAAGCCUAUCUAUUUGUUUAUUUUUUUUAAAAAAAAUGUAUGUUUUUGAGGUCUGUGAAAGCUUGUAAAUCUAAAGAGGCAGGCCACCAUUUUUGAUUGUUUAGUUUAUUGUGAAUAUUACCUGCCAAUGUAAAUGAAUUACACUUAGCAGAUUUUUGGUCAUUUGGGAGUUUUCUUACACUUCAUAGUCAAAGUGUUUUAUUUAUCUUUUACCUUUUAUACUCUAACGUGCAUAUGCUGCAGUUGGAAGAAAAAUUGUAUAUCUGUUCAUAAUAAGUUGCCUUAACAUAGGUAAAGAUUAUGUAUUGAGAAUUAUGUUCCUUUAAUUCAUAAGUUUGCUUCCAGUUUAA